AUGGCUUCGAAAUAUAACGUUUGUGAUGAUGCCAAUAAUGUUUCCUGGCCAUUGAUCAAAUAUACCAAACUUGUUGGAACACGUUUGGAGAUUCCAGUAACACCCGGACAAGCAAUGGUUAUUAUUUACAAUAAAAAUCGAUGUUAUCUUAGUGUUAUGUUCAAUUCAUCAACACUUGAGGAAUUUUCAUUGGCACUGAAUCCUCGACCAACCAUGAGAAGCAAAGAAAAGGAUAUUUUUAUUCAAGUUUCUUCAGCGAAUGGCACAACACUGACUAGAUUUCGUGUAAAAUUUGCUACAGUAUCAGAUCAUGCGUCAUUUGUGGAAUUUAUUUCAUUCUUUGUUAAAGUUUUACCACCUUCAAAUAUGAAUACUUCAUCGGAUUUCAGCCAACCGUUAUCGCAGGGCCAUACUGAAAUGAGAUCAUCCCAAGGAAGCUCUCAAUUUAGUUUAUUUAGCAAUGAUUCUUCUUCGCAGAAAUCGUUGAGUGUUACCACAGUUCUUCCUUCGGAACUUGUCUCAGAUUUUUAUCCGAUGCAGAAUUCGACUAUUCAUACUUCGCUAUCUGCGUGUUUGGUUGGUGAAAAAGUUUACGAAGUGUUGAAACCUGUGAAAUAUCCAGAAGUUCGACAUUAUUCCGAAUCUUUCGAAACCGUCGCACCAUCUUUUUCUCAGAAUUCAGGUGAGAGAAUGUUGAACUGUUUGGAAACUUCAAAAACUGCUGAUCAAACAGUUCCUUUUAGCACCAGUGAUAUGGAAAUGGCAGCCACUCAGCCAAAUGUAAAUUUGCCGCUAGCGGCACACUUUAAUGCAGUAUCCAGCAAAAAUUACGUGCAACAAAAUAGACAAAGUGUGGGUGUCCAAACUGAAAAAUGCUUAUCGGUUAGCGAUUUGUUGAACGAUUCAUCACGGUUGGAGGAAUAUUUAAAGGAAAAACUUCAGGAUCAUCAAUUCAUGCAACUCGUUGAGAAGUGUUCACAAAUUUAUCACACAGUUUUUCGUACAGCAGAAGCUUCAUCGCAUGUAUCUUCCAUUGAGCCGAUCAUUCCUGCGAAAACGCGACGACGUUUCAAGAAAACCAAAUAA